AUGGCCGACCGGAUAAAGGCCUCACGAGCUGCCCACAGGGGCCAAGCCACCAAAACUAUCACCGCAAUUGAUAAGAUUUUGGUCACCCUAAAAGCAAUGGAUCGAGCUAUGAUCACACCAGAAGACCUCGACGAGUUACACGCCAAACUCCAAAUCCUAGAAACCAAAAGGAAAACGAUCAAGAAGUUGGAUGCAGAACUCCUGCUGCAAACCGAGGACGACCACGUCGCCGAUGUGAUCGUCAAGUACGAUGACUAUAACUCAGAACUUGAGGGAAAGGCUGCAACGUUCAAACGGAUUGAACAACGACUGUCGGAUCAUCUGACACUAAAGCCCGCACCUGAACCUCAGCCACCGGUCCCACCUAGUCCAACAGCGCCAACGUUCGCACCAAGAACGAAGAAUGUACAGCUACCAAAGCUGACAUUACCAACAUUUUCGGGAGACAUCUUACAGUGGCAAACCUUCAACGAUGUCUUCGCCGCCGCGAUCCACAACAAUACAAACCUUGACAACGUCCAGAAAUUGCAAUACCUCCGAGCCCAACUGUCUGGAGAAGCCGCCGACAUCAUUGCCGGACUGAGUUCAACAGAUGCUAACUACGCCCAUGCCAUGGAGUUGCUGAGGAAACGUUACGGGGAAAAACAUAAGGUGAUCAGUGCCCUUAUGCGCGCCUUCUGGGAGCUGCCCAGACCGUCGGAGGAUAUUCGUGGACUAAGAACAUUCGUCGACAAGAUUGAAACUUAUGUCAGAGGACUGCAAUCCCUCAACAAAACGGAAGACUCUUAUGGGGACUUAUUAGUGCCAAUGCUAUUAGAUAAAAUCCCGCCCAAUACUAGGAAGCAGCUCACCCGGAGUAACGAGACAGCUGACUUUACUCUAAGGUCACUACGUGAGGCACUGGCAAAGGAGAUCGAGGCGAUGGACGUUGCCGAGACCAAUGAUACGAUGCACACACUCAAUGAAAGCAUGGCUACAGCAUCGUUUUUCACGCGUGAUUCAAAUUCACAGUUCAAACAGCGUAGGCCUAAACCUCAGGCCACUGGAUAUGCCGGACGAGGUGCCCGAGAGUCCAAAUGUGUGUUCUGCAAACAAUCACACAGAUCUCUGGAUUGUGUGGUUGUUACUAACAUUGACAAAAGAGCAGAUAUCGUAAAAAGAGACCAGUUGUGCUGGAACUGUCUUGGACCGCAUCAAGUCCGUAACUGUACAUCCAAGUACAAAUGCAAACACUGUAGCCAAAAGCAUCAUUCUACUCUUUGCAAAGAGAAACCCGAUGGUCCAAACCUACCAGCUGCUAACAAUUCAGAAACCAAAGGACUAUCAUGUGUCUUACCGCCCGAUGACACUGCAGUUAAUCACAUCAACCAGAUAUCAGCCGUGCUACUGAAAACUGCAGUAGCAGACAUUUCUUCCACCAUAAGUAAACACAAAACCAGUGUCGCACUUCUUUUCGAUGAUGGCUCGCAGAAAAGCUUCAUCACAGCAGAGGCCGCCACGAAACUAGGAUUUCAACUCAACGAAACCUUAGAUACGGAGAUGGUGAACAUUUCGACGUUAGGCGCAAACUCAACGGGAAUGAAACGCCUAAAUGCCGUUACGGUUGCAGUACAUACGACCUGUGGAUCGACGGUCCAUAUACGCGCUCUAGUUGUCCCGAAAAUAACGACGCCUCUCAGGAAUUACAUCGAUGAACGCAUCGCGGAUUUACCACACCUCAGAGGACUACAACUGGCACACCCUGUCAAUACGGCCAAUCCAUUCGAGAUAUCAGUUCUUGUCGGCGCGGAUUAUUACUAUUCAAUCGUUGGAUAUCGUAUAGUUCGCGGCAAAGGCCCCACCGCUAUAUCUUCGAGAUUAGGAUACCUCCUCUGUGGGCAUACCCAUCAUCGAACAACUGUCAAGGAUACAAAUACGUUGUGUGGUCAUGUUGCGCUUGAAACUUCCAAAUUGGAACAAUUCUGGGAUCUUGAAAACAUCGGGAUUACAGACAACCCUAAGGAGAAGGAAAUGACGUUCGAUUCGUAUACGGAAACUCAUCUCAGCAUGCGAGACAAUCAUUACACUGCCAAGCUCCCGUGGAGAGAGGACCAUCCACCCCUGCCGACUAAUUUCGCCGUAUGCAAUGCGAGGACACGGAACAUGGUACGUAGACUCAAACCCGAAAUUAGGGAAACGUAUGAUAGGAUAAUCAAGGAUCAGCUCUUUCGUGACUUUGUUGAACUCGUUCCCGAUGACAAUGUCAAAACAGGUCACUAUCUGCCGCAUCACCCGGUUGCUAAGGAUUCUGUGACAACGCCCAUCCGCAUAGUGUAUGACUGUUCCUGCAAAACUGGCGCAAACCCGAGUUUAAAUGACUGUUUAGAGGACUGGGCCACCACUUCUGAAUGA